GCGCGKUGGGAGAGGAGAGGGUACCCGGCUGGCUUGGCUGGCGGCCUCUGCCCGCAUCUCGGYGCCGCAGCCCUGCACCUCUCCCGCCCUUGUCGCUGGGUCCGCGGUCCCGGGCACGGAGGAGGCAGUGGAGCUCUAGGCCACUGUAUCUGGAGUAGAACAGAAAAAUUAUUAUGCCUGUGCUCCUUUGGGACUCUUUGAAAAUUGUACAGUGACAUCUUCUGGGAUUUAGUCUGGAGUGUGCAGAUUGGUGCCUAAAAUGGAAGUAGAUAUAAAUGGGGAGUCCAGAAGUACCCUGACCACCCUACCCUUGCCUGUGGCUGAGGUGAGCUCCCCAGGAAAAGCAGAGGCGGAGAAGCCUCGCUGCUCCAGCACACCCUGCUCACCCAUGAGGCGAACUGUGUCAGGCUACCAGAUCCUCCACAUGGACUCUAACUAUUUGGUUGGCUUCACAACUGGCGAGGAACUCCUGAAGUUGGCCCAGAAGUGCACUGGAGGUGAAGAGAGCAAGGGAGAAGCCUUGCCUUCCUUUCGCUCCAAACAGCUGGAUGCAGGACUUGCACGUUCCUCYCGUUUGUAUAAAACCAGAAGUAGGUACUACCAGCCAUAUGAGAUUCCAGCUGUCAAUGGCAGGAGGCGAAGGCGGAUGCCCAGCUCAGGAGACAAGUGCACUAAAUCCUUACCUUACGAACCUUAUAAGGCCCUCCAUGGGCCCCUGCCUCUUUGUCUUCUUAAAGGUAAGAGGGCUCACUCCAAAUCUCUGGACUACCUCAAUCUAGACAAAAUGAACAUCAAGGAGCCAGCUGACACGGAAGUGCUACAGUACCAGCUUCAACACCUAACCCUCCGCGGGGACCGAGUGUUUGCUAGGAAUAAUACAUGAAUGACUCUCACAGUUUAAGUCACUUUAGGUCAGCCUGCACUUGGCUAGAGAAAAUCCACUGUUGUACUCUGUACAUGACUCUUCACAUUAUAGAUGGUUAUAUCAGCUAAGUGUCCCUGGAAUAUAAAAAUUGUUUGGAUCAAAUUUUGAAUACAGGAAUGAAAUCACAGGUACUUGGGGGGAGGGUAUCAUGCUAGAGCACGCAACUGCAAAGAAAACAGAAUGUUGACCGUUAGUUUGUAUAGCUCUUUAGCUAGGAAAACAAACAAACAAACAAACAAAMAAAAGGCUUUGGGACAGUAAUUUCAUCUUUAUGAUUCUGACACUCAAAUUGGGAAUGUUAUCUGCUUGGUUGUUGCUGACUUGGUAUGAUUCAUUAGAAAUUUAUAUCUUAAGUACACAAGUACUUCUUGAAACUCUGUAUUUUACUAUAAAAUGUAUGUAAUGAUUUGUUUUAUGAAAUUUAGAACUUGAACAUUGCUGAAUUGGACCACUUUUUAUUUUUAAAUAUUGAGUUUAAAUAUUUUAUAACUGGUUUUGCACUGAAAAAAAUUAACAUUUCAGAUUAAAAGAAUAAUCUUUCUUCACUUGUCUCAAUAAUAUUAUUGAGCAAUGAAUUUUUUAUUUCCGCAUGGAAAGUUAUUGAUCUCUAUGGCUGUAAAAUAUUUCUUUAUAGCGUUAUUAAAGUGUGUCUUAAUAAAAUUAAAUUUGGGAUACAAAGUAUUUAUUUUACAAUGGGCGGGGGGGAAGCUUUUCCAGAAAGUUUCCAGUAUGAAGUUUUCAUAAGUUGAAAAAGUUUCCUUAGUGCUUAUUUUCUAAUUUAAAAUUCACUUGGAACUUUACAAUGGAAAGGAUUCUUUUAAUUGUGGGUUAUAGGCAUAAGACUGUUUGCAUCUGAAUUUUCUGUAAGUGAAUGGAACUUUAAUAGAAGAUCUCAUGAUUUCUACUAUUGAAUGCUUAAACUAAGUAUGAACUUAAUUCAGCAUGGCAUUGGGUCAUUMCAGUUUUAGUUCUGUGCAUCACAGCACUCAUUGAAAUUCCAGUUUCUAGGAUUAGUGUAGGAGACUAAAGUGCUUCUGUAAUUUUAAUGGGUUAAUCCUGGAUUACUUAACAAUUUAUGUCAAUUGCACUGGUUCAAUUUGUUGCUAAAGAAAUAAUGCCCUGGCUUUAGUAACAAAUACAGCUCAACUAUUCUUGAAUAUAUUUUGGAAAAAAUGUAUGUAACUUACCUUUUGUAAACAUUUCUCUUUCUUUUUUUUUCCUUUCAUUCUUUUGUUCUUUCUUUUUUUUUUUUUCUUUUUUGACUCUUGAAGGUGCAAUUUAUUACUAAUCUGGCAUCUCUGGCAACAUAAAACCGCAUAUUUUUGUUUUACUGUGGGGAGUGUGAGGUUUCUCGGGUGUUAGCAAUCUUGCUUAUAAAAAUAAGAACGCCUUUUAAUUAAUGAGUGGGUCAUUCCUGGCACAAUUGUGAUUUUUCCUUUAGCCAGAAAGAAUGGCAAACUUUAUUUAGAGCAAAGUAAGUAUUAGGAAACCCUAGGAACUCUUAAUCAAUGUUUAUCRUACUUUUACUAAGGCAAACCAUGUGGAAGAGCCUUGGGAGGUUGACGCAUAUCUUACUGAGUUGAUCAGAUUUCUUGGUGGGCUGGAAAUUUCAGCUAUUGUAUAUUUUAAAGUAAAUUGCACCUUUGUAACAUAUUGUAUUGAUGAAUGAUCACUAAGAUUAACUAUAUCUAUACAGUCAAUAGUUUGACAAGAAAUAGAAUCCUGUCAGAUGCCAAAGAGUUGGGAUUUUUACGUUUAAUGAUUAAACACCAUUAUUUAUUGAUGACUUACCCUGUGGAACUGUAUUAUUUCUAACUAUGAAAUAAAAGGGUGAUGUAAACACAUACUGUUAUGUGGUGCUUUAAAAUAGAUCCACCAUCAACAGKCUAGUUAUUGCUUAAGAAUUUUACCUAAGCAUGUACUUUAAGACCCCAACUUUGUGAAACAAAAACCAGAAACAUUUACUUUUGAUG